AUGCAUCUUUCAGGCGAUGCUGCCAGCGUGACCAGAGUGAAAGAGGAGGAAGAUGUUACAGUGAAAGAAGAGGAAGACGCGUUCAGAGUGAAAGAAGAGGAAGAUGUGGGAGAGAUAACUGUCACGUUGAAAGAGGAAGAGGAGUUUGGAGAUCUGUUUAACACCAGAGAGAGACCAGACUCUCACUCUGACAGCGGGAAGAGUCCUUCAGGGGAACCAGACCCAGAGACGUCCAAACCAGUGAGACGACACCACUGCUCCCACUGUGGAAAGAGUUUUACUAAGUUACAGAACCUAAAAGAGCAUGAGAGGACUCACACAGGAGAAAAGCCUUUCCAAUGUUCCCAGUGUGGAAAGAGUUUUAGUCAGUUAGGGAGCCUGAAAAUACAUAAGAGAAUACACACAGGAGAGAAGCCUUACCACUGCUCCCACUGUGGAAUUAGUUUUCGCUGGUUAAGGAGCCUGAAGGAGCAUGAGAUGACACACUCUGGAGGGAGGAAGAUCUACCACUGCCGUCAGUGUGGAAAGAGUUUUAACCAAUUAGGGAGCCUGAAAAUACAUACAAGAAUACACUCUGGAGAGAAGCCUUACCACUGUUCCUGCUGUGGAAAGAGUUUUAGCUGGUUAGGGUACCUAAAACGGCAUGAGAGAAUACACACAGGAGAAAAGCCUUUCCAAUGCUCCCAGUGUGGAAUGACUUUUGCCUGGUUAGGGAGCCUGAAAACGCAUGAGAGGUCCCACACAGGAGAAAAACCUUUCCAAUGCUCCCAGUGUGGUAAGGGUUUUACCCAGUUAGGGAACCUAAAACAGCAUGAGAAGAUACACACAGGAGAAAAGCCUUUCCAAUGUUCCCAGUGUGGAAAGAGUUUCACACAGUUAGGGAACCUAAAAGAGCAUGAGAGGACACACACACAAGAAAAGCCCUACCGAUGCUCCCUGUGUGGAAAGAGUUUUACCCAGUUAGGGGCCCUGAAUAGGCAUGACAGGACACACACAGGAGGGGAUAAGACCUACCACUGCUCCCAGUGUGGAAAGACAUUUAACUGGUUAAGGCACCUGAAUAAGCAUGAAAGGAUACAUACACAGGAGGAGAAGACAUACCACUGCUCUCAUUGUGGAAAGACAUUUUCCCAGUCAGAGGACCUGAAAUCACAUGAGAGAAUAGAGAGGCUAUGUUCUGACUUAUGUUUUUGACUGAGAAUGUGUUUUUGUUAAUGCCACAUGAAAUCAUUGUUUAUAUGAAAUCUUCCUCAAAAAUAGGCCUGUUUUUGUAUUUGGAUACAUGAUCAUAUCUAACAUCAGAUUAAAAUGUGUAUUUUGUUUUGAUGAUACACUUUUAUAUAUUGGAUACAAGUAUGAACCCUUAGAUGUUCAUUAUAUGAUUUGGAUAUUUUAAAAAAUUGCUAGUUGGGUCAUUCCUAGUAUCCGGUGCCUUUUGGACCUCAUCACUUUUGGAUAUUUCUUUAUAUAUAUAUAUAUAUAUAUUUUUUUGUACUCUAUGAAAAAAAAGUUACGUUUGCGUUUCAGAAAAACAUAUUGGUGCAUCACCCUAACAGGGUGGAACCUAACAGGGUGGAACCUUACAGGGUGGAACCUAACAGGGUGGAACCUUACAGGGUGGAACCUUACAGGGUGGAAAUGUUGAGCCUAAAUUAGUCAUAGCUCUGUGAGGGAGAAAGUUUUGCGCUAGCAUAAUGGUGAACACUUGAACAGGAUUUUAACUUCUCUAUCAAACAUAUUUUUACAUUUAGAAAUGUGAUAAAUGUUAUUUCCAAUUUAGCCUGACAGGGUGGAAAUGUAUGAGUGGGACAUACAGACUAACAACAUGAAUCAGUGCUUAUAUGUAUGUAGCUUUGCACCAAAUAAAUUAUGACACUUCC